CCAGUGUCUCGCUGCUCGUUCCCAUAUAUGCACGCACCUCGCGCGUGGUCACCGUGUGAAGUGCCUCUGCCAGAGUGCCGGCUACCAACCCCGUUGCCCCCCGGAAGUGGAACCUAGGAUACCGCGGCAGCCGUCGAUUUCAUGGCGCCGGAAGAAGCAAGCACGGCCACCACCGGUGGCCCGCGCCGCCGCCGCGUGCUAGUCUUCCCUAUCCCGUACCAGGGCCACAUCAACCCCAUGUUCCAGCUCGCCGGCCUCCUCCAAGACCGCGGCUUUGCCGUCACCGUCUUCCACACCCACUUCAACGCCCCCGACCCGUCCCGCCACCCCGCCUACGGCUUCGUCCCCGUCCCCGACGGCUUGCCGGCGGGCAGCCCCGGCACGGUGGCGGCGACCGUCGAGCACAUCUUCGCCAUCAACGGCUCCUGCGAGGCGCCGUUCCGGGAGCGCCUGGCCGCCCUGCUGGAGGCUCCUGGCGGCAGGGACGAGGUCGCGUGCCUGGUCGCGGACGCGCACCUGCUGACCCUCAUGGACGUGGCGCGGCAGCAAGGCGUGCCGACGCUGGCGCUGCGCACCGGCAGCGCCGCCUGCUUCCGCAACUUCAUGGCCACCCCGAUGCUCUGCGACAAGGGCUACCUUCCGGUGAGCGCGGAGUCGCAGCUGGACGCGCCGGUGAGGGAGCUGCCGCCGUACCGCGUCCGGGACCUGAUGGCCGUCACCAGCAGCCGCCACGAGCACGAUCUGGUGUGCAAGCUGCUGGCCCGGGCCGUCGAGGCAGUGAGCACCUCGGCUGGAUUCAUACUCAACACCUUCGACGCGCUGGAGGCCGACGACCUGGCGGCGACCCGGCGGGACCUCGCCGGCGUGCCGGUGUUCGAGGUCGGCCCGCUCCACAAGAUCUCCCCGGCGUCGUCCAGCAGCCUCCUGCCGCAGGACCGCUCCUGCCUGGACUGGCUGGACGCGCAAGCCCCGGCGUCCGUGCUGUACAUCAGCUUCGGCAGCCUGGCGAGCAUGAGCGGCGAGGACCUGGCCGAGGCGGCGUGGGGCGUCGCCAACAGCAGGCAGCCGUUCCUGUGGGCGCUCCGGCCGGGCCUCGCCCGCGGCGCCGCCCUGCCCGACGGGUUCGGCGCGGAGACCGAAGGCCGUGGACUGGUCGUGGGCUGGGCGCCGCAGGAGGAGGUGCUGGCGCACGGCGCCGUGGGCGGGUUCUGGACGCACGGCGGGUGGAACUCGGCGCUGGAGGGCGCGUGCGGGGGCGUGCCGAUGCUCUGCCGGCCCUGCUUCGGCGACCAGAUGGGCAACGCGAGGUACGUGGAGCACGUGUGGCGCGCGGGCAUCGCGCUGGACGGCGGCGUGCUCGAGCGGGGAGCGGUGGAGCGGGCCGUCCGGAGGCUCAUGCGGAGCGAGGAGGGGGAGGAGAUGAGGGGGCGAGCCCGGGAGCUCGGGAGCAGAGCGGCGGAGGCCAUCGCCGAGGGUGGGUCGUCUCGCCACAGUGUCGACAAGCUGGUGAACCACAUCAUGUCGCUGUGGAAGUGAGUUCCGAGUACUGCCAGUAGACCGAUGCUUGCAUUUUGUCCUCUUUAAAAUGUUUGGAUCUUUUCAUGACUAUAUAAGACUUCAUUGAAAUCACCGGCACAAAACCAUGGAAGUUUUAUUUGUUGAUCAAGUGUCCUCAAAAGCUUCCAUGUUUUAUCCCUUUUUUCCAACGCAGGCUCACCAUAUAUGCCCGUGAAUCUUCAUUUAAAACCAUCUUGUUCCACUAUCUUUACAUCAAUACGAUAUCUCGAAUAAUUGUGCAAUUCAACUUUUGCAUGUCUCUUCCACAUUAAAGCAAGCCCGCCACUCUU